UGUAAUUAGUACCAAGGCGAUCGUAUCAGUAUCUGUUCGACGCUUUUAGCGAUAGGUUGCAGUAUAUUCGUACCCUGCUUCCAGUGCUAAAUCGUACCAAAACAUGGCGACCAUACAGGAUGUGGACAAAUGUCCAGAAAAGUACCAGCUGUAUCAACCCGUAAGUUCAGAGCUGCACCGCCGAAUUGCACGAGAUGAGCUACGCGAGGAUCAAGCUAUCGUCGAACAGGCGUUACAGCAGAUGCGUGAGUGGAUUGCUAAAAAUCCGGCCAUUCUGACAUGUCGCACAGAUGCCAGCUUUCUGUUGCGUUUCCUGCGUGUGCGCAAAUUUUCGCACAUGGCUGCAUGUGAAACGCUGGAGCGUUACCUUGCAUCGCGACAACGGUUCCCGGCUUGGUACAGCAAACUAGACACGGCCGAUCCAUGGGUGAAGGUUAUGAUCGACAGUGAGUUUGUGGUACCGCUUGGUCGUGAUGAUUUGGGACGGAUUGUGUAUCUCGUGCGGUAUGCUAACCUGGAUAUCGACAGGUUCGAAGUGACCGAACAAAUUCGUUUCUUUACGAUGGUGUUUGAGACCAUUUUUGCCAAUGAGUUGAACCAGAUAGCCGGCAUUGUGUGCAUCUUCGACGAUACCAACAUUCCGAUGCGAGCGUUCGCCCAAUGGUCAUUGACCGAGAUUAAGAACUACAUCGAUUGUGUGACGAAGGCGUUUCCAAUCCGUGUGAAGGAGGUGCACGUGAUUAAUUUACCGCUGUUCGGUGCAACCGUUGGCGAAUGGAUUAUGAGCUGCUGCAGUGAAAAGCUGCGAAGUCGUUUGAAGUGUUACCGAUCGUUGGACGAGUUUGUCACCAAGACCAACCUAAUGUCACUGAUGCCAAAGGAAUACGGCGGCAAACAGGAGCCAGAGGACCUAAAACGGCAGCUUAGAGAAACGCUGGAUCAUUACAGGAACGUCAUACUGGCAUUAGACGACAUGAAGAUGGAUGAGAAACGGACUGCAACGUUGAAAAAUCAAAAUAAUACAACUGAUGCAGGAAUGAUAGGCAGUUUCCGUAAAUUGGAGGUCGAUUAGUUGUAGUUGAAAAUCUUUUGUAUACAAUAAACGGGGAUAAAAAGUAUUUUCCAACGUACAGGUUUGCUGUGGAUUUGUAGUAGAAAUAUAUCAGCUCCACCUUGAAA